AUGUCGGCGUUCAACACAGUUUCGAUCUCUGCCCUCACGUUGUGUUACAAGACGUUGGACAAUUGCUACACGUACGAACUGGGCGCGACGUACACCAGCGCGCAAUCGCUUUUCAGUUCGGGUUUCAUCCGCAGCCUCAACAUGGGUUAUGGCUCUGGAACCGCUGCCGAAGGAAAGAAGGCCUGGACCGAUCUGUUUCUGCCGCCGGGAACGGCAACCUGGUACGACGACUUUGGAAUGGGAACGGAGGUGGCAAUUGCGAUAUGCAGCGGCCAGGAAUCAACACCCAGUGCAGUGAGAACAAUUGGGCCCGCAUCGGGUACUGCGUGA